AUGGGGGAAAUGAAGUUUGGCUGGGCCAUCGUCAAGGGUGGGGUCACCCAUCAUCGGCCCCAGGACGUUGUUUGGCACUUGGUGGAUAGACUCCUCGCAUCGGCGCCUGGCGGUUCUCCCAUCUGCACCGCCGCCUCCGGGGCCAAAAGAACCCCCUCGCUCCUUCCCCAGUGUGCCUCCCCUUCUUUGGUUUGUGCGCAGGACCCCAGAAAAAUCACUGUGACAACAGGCGGAGACAUCAACAGUACAGAGGGGGAAAAGUUAAGCAAGUCACAGCAGCUGAAAAAGAUUUUUCAAGAAUAUGGUGCCGUUGGCGUGUCGCUGCACAUCGGCCUGUCGUUAAUCUCCUUGGGCAUGUUUUACAUGGUGGUUUCAAGUGGUGUGGACAUGUCAGCCAUCCUGCUUAAACUCGGGUUCAAAGAGUCCCUGGUACAGUCGAAGAUGGCGGCGGGCACAAGCACCUUCGUGGUGGCCUACGCCAUCCACAAGCUGUUCGCACCCGUGAGAAUCAGCAUCACCUUGGUUUCUGUGCCCUUGAUUGUCAGAUAUUUUCGGAAAGUGGGAUUUUUUAAACCUCCAGCUGCAAAGCCUUGAUGAACUGUUCAACUGUGGGCCUGAAAACCUAUUUCUUUUAAAUUACACAUUUUAGAUUGGUGUUAGGGUGUAGGUUUUUUGGUGGGUGGGGGCAGGGGCUAAUUGCUUCGUUCUCAUGGAGAGAGAACUUUGGUUUUACUUUUGCCAGCAAAAAUUCAGGGUUUCAAUUAAUUGCAUUCUUUCUGGUUUUAACUUUUACUAAUGCUAUUCAUCAUAGGGCUUGUCUGCAUAAUCUGAGAUGUCAGCAAAACAUCACCAGUGAGGUGUCAUCUCAAAGCUGUCAGCCAGGAAAUGGGAAGGUCAUCUUGGUGAGGGAGGUCUGCCUGCAAAAGCCUCAGGGGCUAAUCUUUGUUCCAGUUCUUAAAGGGCAACAAUUCAUUAAGCUUUUAGGUUUUUAAAAUUCCCCUUCCUCCAAUAUUUGUUGUCAGGCUGCCUGCGGUUUAAUAUGCAAUAUUCUGCAAAACAGCUGCUAGUGUUCAAUUAAGGAAGCAGAAUUUAAUAUGUGACAGUGCAUAAUCAGGAUCUGAGUCAGCAUCAGCGCUUUGACAUUCAUCACACCCAAAACAAAAAACAAGUAUCAUUGGUGUGUUUCAUUGACCCCAAAACACCUUCAAAUCUGGACAUGAUGGCGCCUACCUCAGCUGGUUUUUCCCAAAUCCCAUUAAAGUAGGUCGGAGUCAUGUCUCUGUUGAGGUAAAAUGUGGAAACUCUGUCCCACAGUAACGGCACUGGCUGGAGCCUUGCAUACGGAAAGCUGAGACAAUCUUUGGAUCUCAGACUUAAGACAUUCCAGAACUGCUGUCACAAUGUUUACAUUGUGUUGCUCCUUAUAUUUUUUUUAACUGAGUUAAAAUUAUGUAUGUAAAAAAAAUUUGUAUCACUCCCUAAAAAGUAAAAAUCUGGCGCACUUGCUGUAAAUGGGAGGCAAAUGCCUAGUGAUACAAGCCGGGGAGGGAUGGAGCCAGUCUUCCAGAUAAAGCUUGUGUGACCUGAGGCCCCUCGUUCCCUGUCAGGGACUCUAGCUAUAAUAGAAAAUCAAACACACAGACCCGAAUGAAGACUUUCUUCUUGAAAUAGCCAGGAGCAGGCAGCCUUCCUGGGGCAUUCAGCACCCGACUGCUGCCCUCCGGGCUGUGCCCCCGGGCUGUGCGUCCUGGGCCAUCCUCUCCACGUAACCAGCUAGGCCCUGCAGCCAGGGAUGAGGGGCUGUUUCAUCUUUCUGGCUCCCAGUUCCUUUUUUUUUUUUUGGUUUGAUUAAUUACAUUUGCGACAAUCACAAAACUACAGGAACUAUAAACUGAUGGGCCUGGUCUUGCUGAGAUCUGUCUGCUGACAGCUGCCUAGGUGGCUCUUAGUAGCCCAUAUCAGUCAGUUAUUUCAGUUAGCUUUUAUGAGCACCUGUGGACAAAUUCUCCACUUGCAAGAUCUUUCAAGUGGAACCGUAUUUUUCCCUCUUUUAAAGCAAUUAGCACAUUGCCAAAAGGUUUCAGUGAGUUAAAGUUGAAACUGCCUUUCUGGGGUCUGAUUCCAAGGAUGCCUACACAGCGGAGCAAGAUGCUGACCCCAGUGCUAGCUAGGUAAUUCCUCGUGUGGUCAGGCCCGGCACUCUCGGGUUGGUUGUCUCUAUGUAAACAGUUGGCUUUGGGCUCCUAACCACUUUGCACACCGAUCUCCCUACCGUUCAGAUCCCAGGUAAUGCCUAUGCAAAGAAGCCGACAGGGAUUCCUACAAGUUUAGGGCUUAAAUCUUACACUUUUGAUUCUAUGUUCAGAGUAAUGUGAGUGGACUGAAAGGGCAAGCAAUAAGACAGAUUAUACCAAAUAGCCAUAGCAUUCUUUUCUGGGCCCCACCUCCACUCCGCUCGUGGCCUGUGGUCAAAGCAGGACAGAGAAACUGGAGAGGAUGAGGAAAUCAAAGGUUCAGGGAACGAGAGAGCAUUUAUGUGAAUUCACCAGCAAGAUGUACAAAUUGCUUGUAUUUAUGUUGUUUUUAUGGAACUAGGGGAAUAAAACUGAUCUAUUUUAAAAAUGUAA